AUGAUCAGUUACGCGGAUCACGAUAAAGAGCUAUACCAUCGAAUUGCCGAUGGCAUUGAAAAUAGUGAAAUAGUCUUACUUGGAAUGACCUACAGUUAUAAAAUUAGUCCAUGGUGUCAACGAGAGGGCAACUAUGCAUUUCAACGUCAAACGAAAAUCAUUCCGCUCAAACUACCUCCUGCCUAUUCACCAGAUGGCUGGCUUGGUCUACUUGUGUCUAAUUUGAAUUAUAUCAAUUUCUCCAAAUUUGACUUCAGUGCUGAAUACGUCUAUCCUCCACAAUCGAAUGGUCUCUACGCAACAAUUCCGAUUCAGAAUUGGUCACAGCAACAUGUCAUUGAUUUCAUGAACGAUAAAAAAUUAUACCCGUUAAUUUUACUUUGCAAAGGAAUGGAUGGAGCUGCUCUAUAUCAGUUAUACACGUUUUGUAACGACAAUCCAACUGUCUCCUUCGACUCUCUACAGAAGAAACUGGAGAAAAAAUUCAAUAACUAUGAUCUCUCUCCGAUUGAAUACACAAGUUUCAUAAGUGAAAUGAAAAAACUGACUAUACUUGUCGAAAAAUAUACUUUUUAUCGUUGUUUUAAAAGAGAAAGUUGCUCUGGCAGACUGAUGUUUCCACCGAUCUGCUUCUUUUCGUCAUCGCAACAUGUUUUUUCUAUCUGA